AUGUAUUGUUUUUGCAUUUCUUUCUUUCUUUAUUUAUUUCUUUCUACUCUUUUCUUUUCUUUCUUUCUUUCUUUCUUUCUUUCUUUCUUUCUUUCUUUCUACUCUUUUCUUUUCUUUCUUUCUUUCUUUCUUUCUUUCCAUUUAUUUCUUCUUAUUUUCACUCUACAAGAUGCAAGUAACAUCAUGAGGAGAAACAGCAGCAUCAUAGUCAGUCAGCCAGGACCAACCCUCAUCAAAUUCAAGGGACAGUGUCCGGCCAACGCUGUCUCAUCGCAACACAGCCACUCUCCGUUUGAACCACAGAAAUCACCUGACAUCUCUAAGCUAAAGUGUGCUCCGCCUAUUGUUGGCCGACAGCUGUACGUGAACCAAAGUCUAUUAGAAACUCAAAGACUGUCAAUCCUUAUCUCAAUGCCGCCGUUAAUAUCCCCCAUAUUGAUAAAAUAUCUAUCUAUCUAUCUAUCUAUCUAUCUAUCUAUCUAUCUAUCUAUCUAUCUAUCUCAGUGUGUUCAUAUCUAUCUCAGUCUGUUCAUAUCUAUCUAUCUAUCUAUCUAUCUAUCUAUCUAUCUAUCUAUCUAUCUAUCUAUCUCAGUGUGUUCAUAUCUAUUUCAGUCUGUUCAUAUCUAUCUAUCUAUCUAUCUAUCUAUCUAUCUAUCUAUCUAUCUAUCUGUUGUGUUCAUAAAGUCUGUUAUAUUUAUCUAUCUAUCUAUCUAUCUAUCUAUCUAUCUAUCUAUCUAUCUAUCUAUCUCAGUCUGUAUCUCAGUCUAUCUAUCUCAGUCUGUUCAUAUCUAUCUUCUAUCUAUCUAUCUAUCUAUCUAUCUAUCUAUCUAUCUAUCUAUCUAUCUCAGUGUGUUCAUAUCUAUCUCAGUCUGUUCAUAUCUAUCUAUCUCAUCUAUCUAUCUAUCAUCUAGCUAUCUCAGUAUGUUCUAUCUAUCUCAGUGUGUUCAUAUCUAUCUCAGUCUGUUCAUAUCUAUCUAUCUAUCUAUCUAUCUAUCUAUCUAUCUAUCUAUCUAUCUAUCUAUCUCAGUCUGUUCAUAUCUAUCUCAGUCUGUUCAUAUCUAUCUCAGUCUGUUCAUAUCUAUCUAUCUAUCUAUCUAUCUAUCUAUCUAUCUAUCUAUCUAUCUAUCUAGCUAUCUAUCUCAGUGUGUUCAUAUCUAUCUCAUCUGUUCAUAUCUAUCUAUCUAUCUAUCUAUCUAUCUAUCUAUCUAUCUAUCUAUCUAUCUAUCUAUCUAUCUAUCUCAGUGUGUUCAUAUCUAUCUCAGUCUGUUCAUAUCUAUCUAUCUAUCUAUCUAUCUAUCUAUCUAUCUAUCUAUCUAUCUAUCUAUCUAUCUAUCUAUCUAUCUCGAUGGCGCCUCGCUGUUCACAUUCUUCAUAUUUUCCGUGUUCUUUCUUUCGUUUCCUCUUUUUAUCUUGUACUUAUUUUUUUUUCAUUCAUUCAUUCGAUGUUUUUCACUAUUUUCUUUACACAUAGUUCUCUUAUUUUUUUGUUUAGUUUAUUGUUCUUUAUCAUUUAUUUAUUUAUUCUUUAUUAUUUCAUUUUUCAAUUCAAUUCUUUCUUUUGCUUUCCUUUUCGCUAUAUUCUUUUAUUUUUUGUUCCUUCCUUCGCACAAUUUCAAUAUUUUUUACCUUCAUCUAUAUUUCUUUAUUUUCUCUAUUUUCCACUCCUUCAACAUUUUUAUCUUCUUCAUCCUCUUCGUUAUCACCAUCAUUUGCUUUCUCUUUUUCUUCAUAAUCAUCUUCUUUUUCAUCUUUGUCAUUAUUAUCAGUAUAACUCCUUCUAACCUUCUUGUCCAUGUUCUUCAUCUUCUCCUCCUCCUAGACAUUUUCUUCUUCUAUUUGUUUUGCCUUUCUUCUUCUUCUUCUUCUUCUUCUUCUUCUUCUUCUUCUUCUUCUUCUUCUUCUUCUUCUUUAUCACCAUCGUUUGCUUCUUUUUCUUCUUCUUCUUUAUCACCAUCGCUUUCUCCACAGUGCGAUCUUUCCCUCCCACCCAUAAUAUUCUCUCAUCCAGCCCCAAACACAACACAGGCUUCCCUUUCUCCAACACAGACCCGUGUUUCUUUCCCUGAUUACCAUUCUUCACUCUCCCCUUUUCCCUAUCUACAUCAUACUCUCCUUUCCCUAAGCAUGACAAGACAACCUAACAUUUUUUUCUGUCUUUCAAUCUCAUCUCACUCGCACUUGCUUCAUAUCCACUUCAUUAUUUCUUUUGGUUUUUCCUUUGUUAUACGUUUCUUUCAAAUCUCUCCCUCCCCGUUCUCUUUCACUCUUCUUGUACUGCGCUUUCCUUACUUUCACUUUUACUUUCUCUUGCUUUUUUGCUUUCUUUCUUUCUUUCUUUCUUUCUUUCUUUCUUUCUUUCUUUCUUUCUUUUUAUUUUCUUUCUUUUCACAUCUGCUUUAUAUUAAUUUUUUGAUUUUCCUAUUUUAUCAUAUCCUUCUUUCUUUUUUUCUUUUUUCAUUUUUAACAUUUCCCUACACUUUUUCUUUUCUUUUCUUUUCUUUUCUGUUUUCUUUUCUUUUCUUUCUUUCUUUCUUUCUUUCUUCAUCUUUCUCUACACCUUUCUUUUAUUCUUAA